AUGGCGGAGCAUCUGGCGCGAAUUAUUGGAACAGAGGAGGACAGAGUCAAUUGCCCAUUCUACUGGAAGAUUGGGGCGUGCCGUCACGGCGAUCAGUGUUCAAGAUCUCACUACAAACCAUCAUCUUCCCCAACAAUCGUCCUUCGUCACAUGUAUCCAAAUCCCCCUGUGGCGAUUGCCAUUGCAGAGGGCCAGAACGUCUCUGACGAGCUUCUAGAUGAAGCUGCAGAUCACUUUGAAGCUUUUUUUUCGGAAGUUUUCGAGGAGUUGUACAAGUACGGAGAGGUCGAAGACAUGGUCGUCUGCGACAAUAUUGGAGAUCAUAUAAUCGGAAAUGUGUAUGUAAAAUAUUCUGACGACGACGCGGCAAAAAAAGCGCUUUCUGCUCUUCAAGGACGCUAUUAUGCAGGAAAACCAAUUCAGGCUGAGUUCACGCCAGUCACUGACUUCAGAGAGGCCCGUUGCCGCCAAUUCGUCGACGGUCAGUGCCGUCGUGGUGGCUAUUGCAACUUCAUGCAUCUUAAACACGUUCCCCGUUCCUUAAAGCGCAAGCUUUUCAACAAGAUGUAUGAAGAACAUCCAGAAUAUAGGGAGAAAGUUCGUGGACGGAGAUCAAGAUCAAGAUCUGCGUCACCGCAUAAGCACAGGCGGUCAUCAAGCCCUCAUAGGCAUGAACGGCCAGAGAGGAGGACCAGUGAAGAAAGACGUGCCAUGAUCGCCCAGUGGAAUCAGGAGCGCGACGCUGCGCAGAGCUGA